AUGGAUGAAACAACAACUCUCCACACGUCUGCCUCUAGCAGCGACAUCAAGCGCGAUUCUGCCAUUGCCAAAGCCACCACCAACAAUGUCGCUGCACCAAAACUGACUCUUGCCCCGAGUGCGAGUGUGCCGUCGAUCAUUGUCCACGAUGCCAUCGCCGCUUCGACCAAAACCAAACGAAGUCCACCUUCUCUCUUGCGACGCAAGUCUAGUAAGCCUGUCGACGAAGACAGCGACGCCGAUCUCGACAGCCAGCCUUUUCCUACCAAUUCCCACUCUCGCAUCCGCUCCUUUCACCCCAUAGACAUGGACAUCCCCACCACCACCGACUUUGCCGAUCUCACAUCGCCCGACUCGCUCAAGUUUUCGACACGCGGUAGCAUCAUGUUGAAUUCCAAGAAGCUGGCAAAGAUGAUGAGAGCCCAUGACGGCGAUAUGACCGAUGGCGAUGUUACCGACAACGACUUCCACACGGCUCCCAAUUCGCCCACCUUUUCUCCACCCAUGCAAGCCCCGCCAUCUCCUCCACUAUCACCUACUCCGUCAUCCCCGAAACAGAAUCCGAAGCGUCUGACAACUGGUCCUCGCGUGCCGAGCGUACACAUGCUGAAUGCAGUUCUUGAUGGUCGUCGCGUGCUAUCGGCUGAAGAGAGGACCUUCUCGCAAAAAGUGAGGUCCAUGUACAAGUAUGGCGACGAGAGGGCUGCUGAGUGGACCGUCUCUGGCGACAUGGAACGAGAUGACACUCCCGAACCGCCCACUCCUUCGCGCUCUAUUACCAACCCUCGCCGAAGACCCGUCACGAGUCGAAGUGCGAGACCCCAGGAUUUCCAUGAUAGAUUCAGCUUUAUCCAGAAUGAGCAUGAAUGUGCUGGCGGUGUUGAAGAUUGGGAAGAUCUUUCUGGCAAAGACAUUGAUCGCUAUGGCUUCAUCAACCCGACCAAGUUCAUUUCUACCGAAGGCUCGCAAAGCACGUCUGUGAAGCCUAGUCUUCAGCGUGUUACCACAUCGCUUCAGCUCUUAUCCAGCAGUCCGCGCAGGCGCAGAGGCUUGAUUAGAGGUCCUUCUACUGCCAGAUCCUCGCGCUCUCUACCACCUCCUACUCGUACCAACACUCGCACCACUGUCGCUUCCUCUCCCUCCGGCCAUGCUGCCUCCGUAUACUCCUUUCAAUCCAGCCAAUCACAACAUCGCUCCCACAACCCUUUCCGAUCACGCGACCGCCGCUUGCUUGAUGAAGCGAGCGACAUGCUCACAUUGCCCGCCUGUCUCGAUAACCUCGCAGAAGAGGAUGCGCAUGAAAUAUUUUUGAGGAGGCGCGAAAUUCAGCGCGAAGAAAAGUGGCGUAGAAUGGCUCGCUUGAUGCCUCAAGGCGCAAGAGGUGGCGGUAUGAAUUUCGAGUUUGACGUUACAGAUCCAAAGCUUGUGGCGCGUACUUGGAAGGGUGUACCUGACAAGUGGCGAGCAACCGCAUGGCAUGCCUUCUUGUCUGCUUCAGCCAAGCGUCGAGGAGGAUGCCAGACCGACGAAGAGCUUAUUGAAAUCUUCCACGAAUUGCAGGAAGAAAGCUCUGCCGAUGAUGUACAGAUUGAUGUCGAUGUUCCUAGAACGAUCAGCAUGCACAUCAUGUUCCGUCGGAGAUACAGAGGUGGCCAGCGCCUACUUUUCCGCGUACUCCACGCCAUCUCUGUACACUUCCCUUCCACUGGAUACGUCCAAGGCAUGGCUUCUCUGGCUGCCACUCUGCUCUGCUAUUACGAUGAAGAGCACACUUUCAUCAUGCUCGUACGCAUGUGGGAGCUGCGUGGGCUCAAAGUUCUCUACGAGCAUGGCUUCUCGGGUCUUAUGACAACGCUCAAAGAGUUUGAGACCGACUGGCUAGCUAAUGACCAAGACCUCAAGGCCAAACUGGAUGAUUUUGGCAUCGACGCCAUGACAUAUGGUACCAAAUGGUAUCUCACACUCUUCAACCUCAGCAUGCCUUUCCCAGCACAACUACGCGUCUGGGACGUGUUUAUGCUGUUGGGUGAUGCUAAUUUCCCUGGCAAUCCACCACCUGCUCGUGAAAGCAAAUCUACUUUCGACGGCGCUGAUCUGAGUGUUCUACACGCUACCAGUGCUGCAUUGGUCGACGCCACAAAGUCUCUCAUCGUUGAGGGCGACUUUGAGAACGCGAUGAAGGUGCUCACUAGUUGGGUACCCGUACGAGACGAAGACAUGCUGAUGCGUGUCGCAAAAGCCGAGUGGAAGAUCCACAUGAAGAAUCGGAGACAUGCUUCGGCUUGA